AUGUUCAAUCUAUUGCGAAAACAUUUUCGUCUAUUAUUCAUUUCUCUUCUCUCACUUAUUAUCGUAUUUCAAUUUAUAAUUAUCUAUAAUUCAUAUAAAAAAUCGUAUAAAACUGAUGAAUCUUCAUCAAUAUUAAUUAAACCUUAUAAUAGAGCAGAUUAUAUUUUACGAGCUAUUAUUAUUUACUAUCCACAGGAGAAUGAGCAAACAUUUCUACCAGAAUUACGAUGGUUAUAUCGUUCAUGGUGUGAAAUGAUGAAAUUAGAACCGAAAAAUUGGCGUACAGAUUUAAUUAUAUUUACUAAUGAAUACUCAGAAUCAUUAAAAAAAUUAAAAUGUAUUAAUAAAAUUAGAAAAAUUGAUUUUGAUCAACCACCUCAAUGUCGUGUUAUACGAUAUAUUUCAUUAAAUAAACGUGAUGAAAAUAUUUUAGUUCGUUUUACAAAUAUGUUGAGUGGUGAAAUACAACAAGUAAUAUCUAUACCAAAUAAGAAUAAUACGAGUACAUUUAAAAAUGAUAAACGUUCAGAAAUGUUAUUUAAAAAUUUAAAAACUUAUGUUUAUAUUGAUGGAAUUAAUUGUCUAUUUGAAGGUUAUUCAACAUUUAAAAUGUAUGAUUAUGUUUUACGAACUGAUAUUGAUGUUUUUUUAACAAAAGAAUUUGCAAAUUAUAUUCCAAUAAAAUCAUCUAUGAUUGUGGGCGAAGGCAUGUAUGGAACAACAUAUAAUCGAUUGAAAUUAUAUCGAAUUGCGCGAAGUAUAGAUUUAAUGUCAACAAAUAUAAGUGAUAUGAGUUCGACUUGGUAUGGAUCACCUACUAUGAUUCAUUUAAUAUCUGAUUUAACACUAGAUUGUAUGUUACACUUAGCUAUACAUGAAUUUGCUCGAGCUGAACGCGAUAAUCAAGUUGGAAGAAUAUUGUGGCCCUAUUGGUGUUUUGAUUUACUUUCCUAUUAUGGACAACAGAUGGCAUUGAAUCAUCUUGUUGCCACUGGAAAGUUGAAUGUGACAAAUAAUCGUCAAUUAUUAGAUCAAUCAACAACUAGUAAUAAUACAAAUCUUGCUUUACAUUUACAUUGUGAUUUCAAUAAUAAUAAAACCAAAUUUUCAAAAGUAGCAUUCAAAACAGGUCUAUAUGAUACUAUAGAUCCAGAAACAUUAUUGGUCACAAAUGCACAAACAUACGCAAUGAAAAUUGCAUUAGAAUCAAAAUUGAUGACUUUAGAUCAGCUUGCCAAUUCGUUGAUAACUAUAGGCAAUAAUAUAGAAUAA